ACAUUUUUGCUUCCAUACUUUUCCCCAUUGUCCACAGAAGUAGUACUUUCUCUCUGAUCAUCUUUUCUCCAUUGAUGGCUACCCGUAACCUUUGGGUUCGGGUGUCACUGUUGUUAGCAUUGCUUGCAAUGUUCCAGUCCUCUGUUUUUGGUGAAUCACAAGUGCCUUGUUUCUUCAUCUUGGGGGACUCUUUGGUCGACAAUGGCAAUAACAAUAACCUCGAAACCACCGCAAAAGCAAAUUUCCCACCUUAUGGCAUUGAUUUUCCGGAGGGACCAACAGGACGAUUCUCCAACGGCAGAAAUAUAGCAGAUAUCAUCGCUCAAUUUCUUGGUUUUGAUGAGUAUAUCCCACCCUUUGCAACUGCGAGAGAUCAGGACAUUCUCAUGGGUGUAAAUUAUGGAUCGGGGGGUGCUGGAAUUCGGGAUGAAAGUGGAACUGAACUGGGGGCUGUCAUAAGCUUGAAUCAGCAGUUAUUAAAUCAUCAAAUCAUAGUGUCACGCAUUGGCGUCCUACUAGGAAGCAAAGAGGAAGCUGCAAAUUACCUCAGCAAGUGCAUAUAUUAUGUUGGAAUGGGUAGUAAUGACUAUAUUAACAACUACUUACUACCGCAAUAUUUUAAUACAAGCCACCUAUAUACCCCAGAACAAUAUGCAAUUGUUCUAAUCCAACAGUACUCACAGCAGUUAAAGACUUUGUACAAGUAUGGAGCAAGGAAGGUUGCAUUGUUCGGACUUGGUGAAAUAGGUUGUACUCCAGCCGAAAUGGCUAGUUAUGGCACAAAUGGAUCUGAAGUUAUUGACAAGGAUGUGCAACUAUUCAAUGAAGGCCUUAGCUUGCUUGUUGAUGAACUCAACAAUAACUUGACUGACUCAGAAUUCAUCUUCAUAAACAUUACUGAAAUUUCAUCUGGGGAUGCAUCUGCUUACGGUAUUACGAUUGCAAAUGCUUCAUGCUGUGUUGUAUCAUCAAACAUUGGAAAAGGACUAUGUGCUCCAAAUCUAGCUCCAUGCAGUAAUAGGACUCUGUAUGCAUAUUGGGAUGGGUUUCAUCCAACCGAGGUGGCUAAUUUAUUCCUAGCUACCGGAGCAUACAAUGCUCUGACUCCGUUGAUAUCUGCCCUCGAGCAUGACUCUGAUGAAGGUAGUUAUAUAAUUUAAUUGUGUACGUACGCUACAUGAUGCCAUAUUCAGAUAUAAGUUGGAUUUUCUGUUGUAAUAACACUUGUGAGUUGUUUUCCGAUUUCCUUUCCUCAUUACUAUAUAUCAAUUAGUCUCCUAAA